CCAUUGCGGCUCGAGGGUGUGGCUCCUCGGCCUCCCGGCGGGCUGCCCGUGGGGCGGGGCGGGCGGAUGGCGGAGGUGCCCGCCGGAGACGGCGAGGAGGUGAUCGACGAGAACGACCUGAAGGAGCUGCAGGCCUUCCUCGCGGCGGCCUCGGUGGACGCCGCGCCUGCGGGUCCGCCGGCGUGCGAGGAGCCGCUGGCGCUGCCGCCCGGCUUCGAGGACGGGCCCGCCGUCGGACCCUUUGGUGCCGCGCGAGCCGCCGCCGCCGCGGGUGGCGCCGACGCGGGCCGCUGGCCCGCCUGGGAGGGGCUCACGGGCGAGAGCAAGGCCGUCGUCACCGUGGAGCACGAGGAUCCCACCGCGACCUACCUCGCGGCCACCUCCUGGACCGACCUGAACCUCCCGAAGGAGGUGCUGGACGGAAUCUUCGACAUGGGCUUCGUGAAGCCCUCGAAGAUCCAGGAGUGGGCGCUACCCAUUGCGGUUGGCGGCGGUAAUAUCAUCGGCCAGGCCCAGAACGGCUCCGGCAAGACGGCGGCCUUUGCGCUGGCGAUGCUUCUCGCGGUGGACGCCCAGCUGAGGGCGCCGCAGGGCCUGUGCGUUUGCCCGACGCGCGAGCUCUCGUCACAGAAUCACGAUGUUGUCGAGAAGCUGGGGAAGUUCACAGGUAUAAAGCUGUACCUCGCCGUGCCGAAAGAAGAGCGGCCGCCCCGCAAGGUGGAUGCUCAAAUUGUAGUCGGCACGCCCGGGAAAGUUCAGGACCUCAUGAAGAAGCGGGUGAUCGAGCCCCGCGGCUUCAGGUGCUUCGUGCUGGACGAGGCGGACGUCAUGAUAGACGAGGACAACAUGAUGGGUGCGCAGGUCCUGGCAAUCAGACAGCUCAUGCCACAGGAGCUCCAGGUGCUGCUUUUCUCCGCCACCUGGCCCGAGCACGUCGAGCGCUUCGCCAAGAAGAUGGUGCCGAGGGCGAACGUCAUCAAGGUUCAGAAGGAAAAUCUUACCCUGGACACGAUCACCCAGACGUACAUAGACACUGGCGACGACGAAAGGAGGAAGGCCCAGCAGCUCUUCGACCUGUACGGGGCCCUGAACAUCGGGCAGAGCAUAGUCUUCGUCAACACCAGAGAGAAGGCCUUCGUCCUCGCCAAACAGAUGAAGGCGGAGGGCCACGCAGUGUCGCUCUUCUGCGGCACACAGGCCUCCGGCCCAGAGAGGGUCGACGUUUCGUACCGCGAUCGCGUCAUGAGGGAGUUCAGGGGCGGCGUGACCAAGGUCCUCAUCUCCACCGACGUGCUCGCCCGCGGCAUCGACGUGCCUGCGGUCACGCUCGUCGUGAACUACGAGCUCCCAGCGAAGGGCCGCAGGGGCGAGCCCGACAUGGAGACGUACAUGCACCGCAUCGGCCGCACUGGCCGCUUCGGCCUGAGGGGGCUCGCGGUGAACCUCGUCUCGAAGUGGGAGCUCCGCUCAUUGGACAGCAUCCGACAGUUUUACAAGUGCGACAUCGCUCAGCUUGGCGGCGAUUGUGAGGAAAUGUCGGCCAUCCUGAGGAAGCUCCGGUGA